AGAAGACGCGGCUCGGACGGAGGGCAGUUACUGUACGGUGUACUGGGACGGUGCAAGGACAGGGCGUCAGAGAGUAACUUAGUGAUCAUAGAUUUUAAAGAUGACGGAGUUUUGGUUAAUUUCUGUUCCGGGGGAUAAAACCAACCUAACUGCCCUGGAAAGGAUGAAUACGGUGACUUCCAAAGCCAACCUGUCCAGCAAUGCAAAAUUUGUCAUCCCUGAACUCAAGGUCGGAACUCUGGACGCCCUGAUCGGUCUGUCUGACGAGUUGGGGAAACUUGAUGUUUUUGCUGAAAGCGUAAUUAAGAAGAUCGCUCAGUACAUAGGAGAAGUCAUGGAUGACUCUGCAGACAAAGCCCAGGAGAACCUUCUGGCUAAUGGAGUUGACCUCAUCAGCUACUUGUCACGUUUUGAGUGGGACAUGGCAAAGUAUCCUGUGAAGCAGCCACUGAAGAAUAUAACAGAAGCACUUUCCAAGCAAAUGACACAGAUAGACACUGAUCUGAAAUCAAGGGCUGUCACAUAUAACAGCAUCAAAGGGAAUCUGCAGAGCCUGGAGAGAAAGACUGUGGGCAACCUCUUGACAAGGACCUUGGCUGACAUCGUUAAUAAAGAAGACUUUGUUUUGAACUCAGAAUAUCUCAUUACUCUUCUGGUAGUCAUUCCAAAGUCAUGUUAUGCUGUUUGGCAAAAGACAUAUGAGUCCCUAUCAGACAUGGUCGUGCCACGCUCCACCAAGUUGAUUGCCGAGGAUAGUGAAGGAGGUUUGUUUACAGUGACUUUGUUCAGAAAAGUCAUUGACGAUUUUAAAUCCAAGGCGAGAGAAAAUAAAUUCAUAGUACGGGAAUUUUUUUUCAAUGAGAGAGAACUGCAGUCCGAAAAAGAUGAAAUCAUUAAACUGGCAGCAGACAAGAAACAGCAGUAUGGACCACUGCUUCGAUGGUUAAAAGUAAACUUCAGUGAAGCCUUUAUCGCCUGGAUUCAUAUAAAAGCCUUGCGUGUCUUUGUGGAAUCUGUCUUAAGGUACGGGCUGCCAGUAAACUUUCAAGCAGUGGUUCUGCAGCCCAAUAAGAAAUCAAUGAAGAGAUUACGAGAUGUCUUAAAUGCCAUCUUCAGGCACCUGGAUGAAGCAGCAGCGGCCAACAUGAAGGAUGUCGGCAUGGAUAUUCCCGGUUUACAGCUGAGCAAUCAAGAAUAUUAUCCCUAUGUCUGUUUUAAGAUCGACCUCGCCAAUAUAGACUUCAAUUAAUUGUAUUUACGAGUGUGUUAGGGAAAUAGUGAUAUAUAGUAACCCAUAUGACCUGAUAUCAUAAUCGUUCACCGGUAAACAACAAUGUUGCUCUGAUACAAGUGGGUUCUGCCUUUUAGUGGACAGGUGUCGCUAUCGACAGGUGAGCUCGGUUGCAGUGACACGAUGAGCAUUGCCAUUCUUAAAUCACAGACCUAUCAAGUCAUUUAUUCCCGUUCAGAAAACCCACUAUUCACUUAAACUGAACACAGAGGUUACGCGGAAGAAAUGCGGAACGCACGGCUGCCUUAGUCUUUUACAAAGAAAAUGUGUAACUACAACAGUAUUUAUUAUUUGUAAAUUAUGUGGAUUUCCUUUGUGUCUGACAAUUUCUGGAAUGAAA